AGAGGGCGGGUUGUUGUGCUGCAGUUGGCAGGCUGCUGCGGGAGGCGGUGGCGGUAGGAAGCCGGAGACAGCGGGGUGACAGGUAGGCGGCUGUGCUGUCUUUGGGGGACGCAAAGUGCUAGUUGAGGAGGGUUUUUCUUCUCCGGCUGAGGGAACUAUACAGGGGAGCUGAGGAGGGUGGUCCAGGAAGGCGGUAACCUGAGUGUUCGUGAUCCCGGAGCCUCUCAUAAUCCAGGUAGCAGUUUGGGAGGGUCGUGAGGAGGAGAAGGCAGCAGCCGUGGCGCGUGGAGAUGAGCCCUGUCGGGUGACAUGGGGGCCUACCUUAGAGGAAAGCGGAGAGCCUUAAAAAAAUCUAUAGUAGAAGAGUUGGAAAUAUUUAACUCUCAACAAAUGAAUUCCACACUUGAACUCUGCUGCAUUCCUGUGCCACCUCCUCCUUUAGAAAACUGAUCUUAAAACAGAUAAAAGAGGAAUAGAAGGUAAAAGAAGAUGCUGGGAUCUGAACGUAGUGUUGUGGAAGAAUGGUUAUCAGAAUUCAAGGCAUUACCUGACACUCAGAUCACCAGUUAUGCGGCAACUUUACACCGGAAAAAAACACUUGUACCAGCCCUCUAUAAAGUGAUUCAAGAUUCGAAUAAUGAGCUCCUGGAACCUGUCUGCCAUCAGUUGUUUGAGCUCUAUCGUAGCUCUGAAGUUCGACUUAAGAGGUUCACGUUGCAGUUCUUGCCAGAAUUGAUGUGGGUUUAUUUACGGCUUACAGUUAGCCGAGACAGACAGAGUAAUGGUUGCAUUGAAGCACUUCUGUUAGGAAUUUACAAUUUGGAAAUUGCUGAUAAAGAUGGAAACAAUAAAGUUCUAUCUUUCACUAUCCCUUCCUUAUCCAAGCCUUCCAUAUAUCACGAACCCUCAACAAUUGGAUCCAUGGCUUUGACAGAAGGAGCAUUGUGUCAGCAUGAUCUCAUCAGAGUUGUUUAUAGUGAUCUUCAUCCUCAGAGGGAAACAUUCACUGCACAAAACCGGUUUGAAGUUCUGAGUUUUCUCAUGCUGUGUUAUAAUUCUGCUAUUGUGUAUAUGCCUGCCUCAUCUUACCAAUCUCUUUGUCAGAUGGGCUCCAGGGUUUGUGUGAGUGGGUUUCCACGGCAACAUGAAAAACAUUGGAAAGAACUCUGCGGUCGAAUAGUAUUGGAUCCUGAAUUUAUGGUGCAGCUUCUCACAGGGGUUUAUUAUGCUAUGUAUAAUGGACAGUGGGACCUUGGCCAGGAAGUUCUUGAUGACAUCAUUUAUAGAGCUCAGCUAGAACUUUUUUCUCAACCACUAUUGGUUGCUAAUGCCAUGAAAAACUCAUUACCAUUUGAUGCUCCUGAUUCUUCACAAGAAGGCCAGAAAGUACUUAAAGUGGAAGUCACUCCAACAGUGCCGAGGAUUUCUCGGACUGCAAUUACAACAGCUUCAAUCCGUCGUCAUAGAUGGAGGAGAGAAGAUGGCUUUGACUUCUCAAACGAGGCUGACUCGAGUAUUCCCGGCUCCCCGAUCCAACUCGGCUCCACUGACCUAGGGAUCAAACGUGUGCAAGAGGGGGAGGUGCUGGUGCGCAGGACCCCUGAGCAUGGCUCGCCGAAGCCCAACUCAGCAGCAGCCACAACAGAGGGUGCUGAGGGUAUAAAUGGAGGAGAAGAGUCUGUAAACCUGAAUGAUGCAGAUGAAGGAUUUUCAUCAGGGGCUUCCCUCAGCAGUCAGCCAAUUGGGACCAAACCAUCCUCCUCUUCUCAGAGGGGAAGCUUAAGGAAAGUGGCAACUGGGCGUUCAGCCAAAGAUAAAGAAACAGCCUCUGCCAUCAAAUCCAGUGAGAGCCCUCGAGAUUCAGUAGUUCGCAAGCAGUAUGUACAGCAACCAACUGAUCUUAGUGUAGAUUCAGUUGAGCUGACACCAAUGAAAAAACACCUGAGCCUGCCUGCUGGCCAGGUGGUGCCAAAAACCAAUAGUUUAAGUCUAAUCCGGACAGCCAGUGCUUCCUCAAGUAAAUCAUUUGACUAUGUAAAUGGCAGUCAAGCAAGUACCAGCAUUGGGGUUGGCACUGAGGGAGUUUCUAAUUUAGCAGCUAACAAUGCUAAUCGAUACUCAACUAUCAGUCUACAGGAAGACCGGCUAGGUCAAGCUGGUGAAGGUAAAGAGCUCCUCAGCCCAGGAGCCCCCUUAACCAAGCAGUCUCGAUCCCCAAGUUUUAAUAUGCAGCUAAUAUCCCAGGUGUAGUUUUGACAUCCUCUCUUCUCUUUCUGCUUACCUUUUAAACUGAACAUAUUUCAUUGUGUAAGAAGACACUUCAUCCCACAUUGUGAAAAUACUGGUCAUCGUAAUGAGAUUUGAUUUAGUUUAGGUAUCUUCAUACUGUAUUUUGUAUGGAAACAGCAAUAAGGUUUUCUUUUCCCUCCUUCCUAUACCUUCUCUUCACCUAUUCCUUGUAAAUUUGUUUGUGAAGCAGUAUAAAAUGUUUGCCUUUUCCAUGCCUUCCUUUCUCCUUGGGUGAUGUGCAAUCCAUCGUAGGCUGAUCGGUCCCAUUUCAACACUGUGAGACUGAGGGUACAUAAGAGGAAAUGGUGUAUAUGAUCCCUAUGAAAUGAUUCUUUGGCUUUUGCUUAAAAACAAAACAAAACGGGUUUGUUUUCAUAAUCUAUAGAACUAUGAAGAUUACUGGAUCAUAUUUUUUUCUCUCUUAACCAGGAGUGCCUCAGAGAUUCUGCUAUGACUUUGGACUUCUCUGAGUCUGUGCAAUCAUAUUCUGGAAAAGCAGGGGAAAGGUGGUAGAUUGCUGCUCUUUUUCAUUAAAAUGAGGGUAGCUCUUUUUUCCCCCAUCUCCUUUAUCCCAAGGACAUAAAUGUUCAAUUACAGAGGCAUUUAAAUCAAGUUGUGACCACCUCCAUUGGAGGGCAGGGCUCUAAGUUGAUUGUGUGAUUGAUAAUGCACUUUCUCAGUGGCUCUAUAGUCAUUAUUAACAUGUCUUCCCUCUUCCCCACAAGGACAUAAGGUCAUUUCUGUCCUUAAAAUUUGAAUAACUAACAAAUCAGAGAAUCCAAGAGGCAAGUUGUUUCCCAGGAAUGAUUGACACUUUGGUGCUGGGGUUUUGUGGGGGGAGGGGUAGUUUUUGUUUAGCUUGUGUGGGAUUGUAUGUGUGAGGGGGUUUUGAUUGGUUUUUUCUUUUCCUUUGUGAACUGAUAAUGACUGAAGUAGAAUAGUACAUCUUCAGGUAAAGAGAGGGAUUUCUCAAUCCACUUUCUGUGAUGUCAGACUAUUAGAGAAACCCUUUCAGCUGCUUUCUAGAUGUAUCUAAAUUCAGUCAGAUAUUUUGGAUUAAGAAACCUGAAGACCUGAUAGAUCACAUACUCCAAUGAAACAUAUCAGGGACAGAUAAUUGGCUGAAAACACUGAUGCCAUGUGACACAUUUUUUUUUUAAACAUUUCUACCAGGGGGUACUGACUUGAUUUCUCCUACAAGGACCACACUGCCUUUGUGUUUAAUGUAAUGCAAUUUGUGGACACUCUAAUCAUAUAUCUGCAAAGUUUCUCAUUUUUAUAAAACUUUGAAAUCAUGCCAGUAAGCUAGAUGUUGAAUGUAUGUAAGUAGCAUUUGGUAACUGCUGAAAGGCUAAAAAAAAAAAAAAAAAGAAAGAAAGAAAGAAAAUACAUUAUUGGUUAAAAAAAAUAAUUCUGAUUUGGUUGAAUAAGAUUUUAUUAUAACCUCUUCUGAGUCUCAGGCGCUAAUGUUUGAAAAAGAAGGGAAUAUAUUCAGUUUUUAAAAAUCAGUGUAUUGUGACUUGAACUGCUAUAAGUUAUCCUUCCACAAACUACAUCAGAGCUAUUAGUGCUUUGUACAUGUAGAUGUUUUUACUUUAUAAUUGUGAAAGAAAAAUAUACUGAAUUUAUAGAAAGCAAGUAUUCUCCUAAUUAACAAAGUUUAAAAUUUUAUCUCUGCCAAUUAAAAUUACAAUAGAUUUUGAUAAAUGAACAGAAAAAUGCCUCUUGUUUUUUUCAUACCUAAAAAUUCUCUCCUUUCAUUUACUAUAAGAAAUUUUUUUUAAAGUGGGACUUUCUGUUAGAAUCUUUAUAAGAAUAAUGAGAUGCUUGUUUGAAUUUAGUAAUCUGUAACAUUUUUCAGCUCAUGUGAAAAUGUAAAACUGUAAUAGAACCUGAACUAGUAUCUACAACAUUGCCAAAGUCUGGGGUAAAGAUAAAAGUUGAUAAAUAGACAAUUUAUUGAUUUUGUGUGUGUGUGUGUAUAUAUGAUGUGUAUAUGUAUAUAUCACAGAGACAUAUUUUAGAUAUGCGUUGGAUGUCAAUUAAAUGAAAAGAAUUUAAAAACAGCCAAAAUAAAUGAGGUGUAAAGGUCUAUGAUAUGGUAAGGAUGACAGAGUUUCAGGUAUGUAAGGAAAGAAGCAUUGUACUUACCUGGGAGUAAGAUCUUGGCUUUGGCUGGAAGUUAAUCACUUUAUGGCAGAAAAUUCCUGGUUUAUUUAGGAUGCUAAAGGACUGUUUUUAAUUCAACAAAUUGUGCAUUUAUUGGCAUCUAAAUCUAGCAUGAUUUUAGUUGAAGCACAAAAGAAAUACCAAAUAAUACCAAAUUACAGCAAAAGCUGUUAAUAAAUAUAACUAAAUUUUCCUUUGGUUAGAAAUCAUACAUUAUACCUAAAAAGUUGGUUUUAAAUAAUUUUCAUCUUAGACGAUUUCAUUUAUCUGUGUAUACAUAUUAUAGUUUGUAUGUAUACAUACUCAUUAAUGUUUCAUGACUGAAUAACAUUUGUUUUUAAUCCUUUUAGGUGAUAUGAUUUGGAUGUAAUUAAGAAACAUUUCAUUUAGUCUAAACUUUGCAUUCAGGGUCUUAGAAUAGAUUUCUUAUGCAAGAUAGAGUUAAAAUGGAAUGAGUUAGUUUAAUAAACUGGAAGUCAAAUUUUCUAAGAGAUUUUUGAUAGGCAUUUGCAUUACUUACGGGCAUUUAAUUAAAAAGUUUUACUUCUCAUAUACAACAGCUCUUACAAAUAUAUGCCAGCAAUAUUCAUACUUCAUCCUUUAACAACCUUUUGUUUUAUACUUCCAUAAAAAAGCCUACCCAUCUAUAGAAAAGAUAUUAGGGAGAAAAUACUUGUUUUCUAUAAUAAAACGAUUUGGUUGAUGCCAUCUAUGCCAGGUUGGAUUAAGGAAUACAAAAAAUAUCUGAAGGUUUUGGGAACUCUUUUCUAUGACAUUAAUUAUUAGAAAGCAAACUAAAAUGUAAAAUUAAAAUUAACUUAGAAUUAAGAUUUUUAAAUAUGAAAAUAUUUUUAAAAGCUGGGGGGAAAAUGGCUAUAAUUUUAAAUUUUGAUCUCUACCACCACCCAUACCUUUCCAAUUCACUCUUCUGUGCCUAUUUAUUAUAGAAUCAGAAUGUUUGUGCUAGAAGAUACCCUAGAGAUAAUCUAGCUAGUCUCCCACACCCCCUCCCCACCCCACAUUCAUCCUCAGGAAACUGAGGCUAAUUGUAAUGUGAUCAAGAUCACAUAACUAAAACAGAGCCAGAAUUAAACCCAGUUUCCUGUCACAUGCAUAUUAAAACCCUCUGUCUCCUUUUAUGCAUACUGUGAUAAAUGUGGUACAUAACACACUCCAUUUCUGUAGAUUCCUUACAUUUCUUCCUAGUAGUUGCUGAAUACAACAUAUUAAGAAAAGUAUUAAAUCCAGAAAAAAGAGUAAUAAAUAUAGAUGAGAAAGUGUUAGAAAUGUUAUCUAUACAGAAGUAAGGAUAGAUGGGUAGAUACAUUAUUCUUUAUUCUAAUUUAUGCCUUACUAUGUUCUGCCACACAACAGUUGUAUGCUGCCAUUUUAUAGUUAAUUACAUGUCUGAGGAUUUAUUUAGUGCAAAAUAAACUCAAUGAAAUAAUUGGCUUUGAUCAGUGUUCCUAGCUAUUUUAAAGUAAUUUUUGAAUCAGCCAGCUUUCGGUCACCAAGGCAGCAAAUUAAUAAUAUUGCACAAUGGGAUAUUGGAGAGUAAAGAUUAAAUAAAUUUGAUCCUGUCAAUUUCUAAUAAAGAGAGAUUGAAUCUUAUGCUUAGAGCAGAUACAAGCAAUAUUUCCUUAUGUGACUGAAAAAGGUUUACAGUGUGAAGCUUAUGAUUCCAUAAUGGAACUAUAACCAUAUGUCAUGUAAAGUGUAUAUACCAUGUAAAAUGUCUUAAAUGCGGUAGUCUCAGCUAUAUAAGCUCGUUAUUUACAACCUGUAUUCUCAAAUUCCACUUAGUAGCUUUAAAUUAUAAUUAUUUAUUAGACACUGGAAUACUGAGAAUAACCUUUCAGAUUGUUUUGUUUGCACUACUCUUGUGAAUAUUUUAAUUAAGUGGGAUGUUUUUCCUAUCUCACUUUGUGAGGUUUGUAUGGGUCCAUUUUUGAGUACUUUAGUUGUUGACAAUCAGUUGUCUCAUUUAAUUUUCUGCAUCUUCAUUUGUAAAUAAAAAAACCUCUAAUCUUGUCUUUAGGGUUAGUAUCCUAUUUAUAUGAACACUGGCAAGGAGGAUCUCUCCAUUUCUGAUUUUGGAUGACAGAGUAAGUUCUGUUUUGUUUUAAAAAAAAUCAGUAUUUCAGUUACAUAUUUGUUUUUCAGUUUUAAAAAGUUUAAUAAGUCAUGCCAGUGUUCAGAAAAUCUAAGAAUUUUAGGGCAAUUUUUCUAUAGUAUGGCUAUGUUAAACAGUUUGAACAUGAGAUUUUUUAUCUUUCAAGUUUGAUUAUUGUCAUUGUUUCACCACUAAGUUGGUUGAGACAUUUGUUUGUAAUAUUUUAAUUUUUUAAAAGUGCUUUUUAGAAACAAGUUGUUUGAAAAUCAACUAGAAAUAGAUAACUUAAACUCUUAAAAAAUUAAGAAUACUGCCAGAUUAUAAGAAGAUGGAAUGUAGUUUUAAGUUGUUAACAGUGCUAAUAAAAUCAUAAUGAGUCACCAGAUUGGUAAAAUUUUCCAUGCUUAGGUGGUCAUACUGAUAAUGUAAGACAUAAAUUUUAGUAUUACUUUGUGUGUACCUGAAGGAUAUAUCAUACUGGCACUGAGCAGAUAUAGGAAAUAUACUAUUCAUAGAAAAGUCAUCAUCACUCAACCUCCCCACCCAUAUAGGCAUAUUCCUUCUAAACCUAACCACACAACCACAAAAUUUUCGUAAUUUCAGUCUCUUCAGUAUUUUUGUAACCUUAGCCAUUAGUCCC